UGAACGGCCCCGCGAGGGUCAACCGGUCACGCUGAGCCACCACCGGCCAAAACACCAACCCCAAUUCUCCCGUUCGAUUCUCACUUCGACGGCUUCGAUUCAUUCGAUUUCUUGCAUUAUCAUGGAUGCCCCUUUUCGAUGAAGAACAAACUCCAUCAUAAAUUCGAUCGAUUUGGAUGCCCCUUUUCGACCAGUGGUCGAAUUCGCUUCGUCGUGGGAGGGUCGUAGACUCUCCAUCGGAGCCCACGAAACCCUAGGUUUCCUGGCCACCGGGUUUUGCUGUCAAGAAGCUAGAGGCGAAGAUGAUUUUCCUACUUCAAGCCCCUGCCAGGAGCGGGCGACUGACUCAUCUUCAGGAAGUUGGACGAGCACGAGAACAAGGAGAUUAUCAAUCUGCAGCAGAUAUCAGGAAUCCUGAAUGGACAAAGGUUUCUCUCGAGGGUGUCAGAUCAUUGUAAAAAUAGGUUUGUUUGUCUGUUUACUAGAUAAUUUGAAGAAGUGACAAGUGAGCACUUUCACAUAAUUAUUUUGUUGUCUAGAAUGAGUUGAAUCUACUCCAAGAUUUCUUUGUUGACCAUUUUCUGCUUUUAACUCUGAUAUUUCCAUUGUCAAUGUUUUUCAUCUAAAAUGUGGUCUGGUCAAAUAUUUUUGCAUGCUUUUAACAAUUUUUUUGGGCAAUGAGGCUUGAUCCACUGUUAUUUAAAUGAAAGCAUCAUAAAUUUUUAAUUUUCUUUGUUGCACUUGUGAGAGAAGCUGUCAAUGCAGCAGAAAGAGCAGAGAGGAAGGCCCAGUUAAGAAAUGAAGUCCCUUAUUUGCCUACCGAAAACGUGAGGUUAUGAAGCAGACGGACAUGCAAAGUUCAGAAAUGAUAAAGAUAUUCAAGACAUGUAGUCUCCUUAUGAGAAAUAAUAGCAGGAACAAGUUUGAAGUAAUUCAUGUCCAGUUUUCAGUCACCCACUAUGCUUAUAGUUUCAUGACAAGGUUCAUUUACAUCAGUAGGUUGUCUUAUCUGAUCUUCUAACAUUAGUCAAGUAUCAUAAGAAGGUUGUGAAUCCAUCGGAAUCUUUGUCGAUUGUUUUGAACAGCCUUCUUCCUCUAAGUUUGUUCCCCAUCAGUCCCUGCUUUUAUUAAGGAAAAGCUUGCUAUAAACUUGAGUUUCAAGGUGGGCGAACUUUUGUCUCUCUGAAAGCCUUGGUUUAGAUGGUCUUGCAGAAAAAGAGGAAAGAAACGGAGAGGCUCGAAAGGAUAAACAGGCAGGGAUGAGGAGCUACAAGAGUUUGAUGUUCCAGAGAAGAUGAUGGCAUCUAAUGAACAACUUGCUUCCACUAGUAAAUCCCUGCAAGAACUUGAAGAUGACAACUUCAUGUGAGCAUCGUACAAGUUAUCUGAUGGUUGGUAAAGAUGGUCAAGCUUUCAAGAAUCUGCUUGAUGACAAUGGGGGGAGUCCUCUGUCUUCAUUAAGGAUGCAGCAUCACUUGAGGCAUCGGCUUUAUCAUCUGGCAUAAAUACCAACUCUUUUGCCAUCACAAUCUUCUCAUGCAUACAAAUGGUGAAAGAGACCCGCCGUCGUGAUACCCAGAUCGAGCUGGCACACGGUCUGCACCGGCCUGAUUCGCCACCGCUAGAGAUCAAAAGCCACGUCUUUGCUUGAAUUAGAGAUAAUAGCAGUGACAACGCCAUGACUCAGCGGUCUUACCAGAGGAGAGACAGAGAAGAAGCCAGGCUGGUUCUCCCCUCAUCGUGUCAGCAUACAUUAAAUAGCAGAAAUGAGAGAGAGAGAGAGAGAGAGAGCUCACAUCCAAAGCAUCCUUCUAUUUGGAUUAAUUCCGAAGCGAUAGAGAAGUAGAACGUAGAGACGACAAGGAUAAGAGCAGAAUGUUGGAAGGAAGGGCAAUAAUCCAGGACACAGACAUGCCUGUGAAGAUGCAGCUGCAAGCCAUGUCCUGUGCCUACGAAGCUCUUGACCUCUUUGAUGUCCUUGACUGCACGGGAAUAGCUGCUCACAUCAAAAAGGAAUUUGAUGUGAGGUAUGGCCCUGGAUGGCAAUGCGUGGUGGGAUCCAAGUUUGGGUGCUUCUUCACCCACAGAAAGGGCACCUUCGUCUACUUCUGCCUGGAGAGACUCAACUUCCUCAUCUUCAAAGGACCUUCUGCUAUGUCAACUCCAACCACAAACGCAAAAUAGCUGUUCUGACCUUGUUCUAAUGGCUCCCAACUGUGACCUCCAGAUACAUUCUUCGGUUGUUCUUUGCUCUUUCUGACUCCUCGUACUUCGUCUAACGAAAUAUGGAACAUCUCCAUACUGAUCAACUCCAUGCUUGGCUUUCUGAUCCAAACUCUAUUAUGGUUUCUCUGUCUCAUGUUCUGAAGAUAAAAAGGAUGAACUUGUUCUUA